CGUGAGGAGGAGCCGGUUCUCCGUGUUGUGUGUGUGAGAGAGUGUGACAGUGUGUGAGAGUGUGACAGUGUGUGACAGUGUGUGAGAGUGUGUGAGAGUGUGUGUGAGAGUGUGUGUGUUGUUGAUUAAACCAUGGCGAUGUUCCUCCGAGAUUUGUGUCUUUUCUGUGUUUUUAGCUUCGUGUCGCUGCAGUAUGUCCCUCCAUACACGGAGGAGUGUCGGACGGGGAUGUACCCACCCAACGGCCCCACAUUUAAAGGUGACGUCGCCUGGUACACCGUCAACCUCGACUUGCCCCCGAGCAAGAGAUGGACAGAAAUCAUCACGGAUAAGAAGACUGCUGUGAUCAGCAUGGCCCAGGCCAUCAGAGAUCUGGAAGACGCCUUCGUCCCUAGCGGACGUCUCGCGGAGCUCGUUGACGUUGCUCUGCCCUUGAUGAUUGACACGCUCCCGUAUCCUUUUAACGAAGAAAUGAAAGGAAUCGCGGCAGCGUCCGGACUUCCUUUAGGCGAUGUCAUUCUUUUCAACAUUUUCUACGAGGUUUUCACCGUGUGCACUUCGCUGGUCGCCGAAGAUCCUGACGGAAACCUCAUUCAUGCUCGGAAUAUGGACUUCGGACUUUUUAUGGGUUGGGACAUGAAGAACCAGUCGUGGGUGAUCACGGAGAAGCUGAAGCCUCUCGUGGUGAACGUGGAUUUCAGGAGGAACAACAACACCGUGUUCAAAUCCACAAACUUCGCCGGAUACGUGGGCAUGCUCACCGGCAUCCAGCCUAACGUGUUCACCCUCACCAUGAACGAGAGAUUCAGCUUGGAUGGAGGCUACAUCGGAAUUCUGGAGUGGAUCCUGGGACAAAGAGAAGGCAUGUGGAUGAGCUUCCUGACUCGCUCCGUCCUAGAAAACGCCACUAGCUAUGCCGAAGCUAAGAAGCUGCUGUCCGACACCAAGCUGUUGGCUCCUGCUUACUUUAUUCUGGGAGGCAACCAGAGCGGCGAGGCGUGCGUCAUCACCCGCGCCCGAACACACAACCUCAACCCUCUGGAGCUGGAUGUUAAGCAGGGCCGUUGGUACGUGUUGGAGACGAACUACGACCACUGGAAGGCGCCACUGUUCCUCGACGAUCGCAGAACUCCGGCGACGAAGUGCAUGAAUAAGACCACGCAGGCCAAUAUCUCCGUAAAGACGGUCUACGACGUCCUGUCCACUAAGCCGGUCUUAAAUAAAUUAACUACAUACACUACACUCAUGGAGGUAUCUACGGGGACGUUGGAGUCGUUUAUCCGAGACUGUCCGAGCCCCUGCAUGCCGUGGUAAAAGCCGACGCACGUCUCUCGGACUCGACGUCUCUCCAGAACGUUCCUUUACGCGAUGCAUGCACCUUAUUGAGACCGCCCGCCGGUGUUGCUUAAUAUCUUAGUAAUAUUUUACGAUUUAUUUGUUUGUCACGACGUAUCAUUUUUUUUCCCCGCAGAUUCGUUCCGUUCCAGCUCUAAUUUCGAAGUUAGUUCGUGCUCGACUGUACUAGUUUUAACUUGUUUUUAUCUUAAAACGACGUGCGGAAUGUUAACAGGAACGGAGUGUAUAAUUGAAUACGUUAUAACGUCAUGUUAAAGUGGAUUUAUCGGUACUCACGAAGGCUACUUUAACACUUGACGUUUUAUGUGUAACUUUUAUCCACGUGAUGAGGGGCGAAUGAAAAACUCAUCGAGGCGAUACUGUAGUGAAGGUUCAUUUGUUCGAUUUCAACAAAUGGAAUUGUGGAAUUGUUGGAAUUGUUUAUAAAUCAUGUGUUAGUGUGUGUGUUGGGUGUUUUUAGGUUUAGGGAUGUUGUAUUGUACUGAAUGUAUUCAUGUAGGGUUCCUAACAAAUCUGCUGCUACCCAACACACACAAAAAUCACAACACACUCUGUAAUCUGAUCUACGUUUUGAUGUAAACAACUGACAGGUUUACUAGGCGAGUAUUGAUUUUAAGGUGAAAUAAUGAUUAUAACGUGUUUCUUGUGAAUCUUUAUACACUCCAUUUUGUAAUUUACACUCUAACGUCCAGAUCACGACUUGGAAUCGCAGUGCUACACGUACGAGUCAUGAGGUAUACCACACAAACACACAAAAAACACAAAAACGCACAGUUACUGUAAGGAUUUUGGCUGAAACGUGUCACUAUGGUAACGAUUGGAGGGGCGGAGCUAAAUGGAGGCUUGUGAGAAUUCGAGAACGUCUCACGGGGUACAAAUAGUCCGAACUCCGUCGCGCAGUUAAAUACGAGCGAGACGUAAAGCACAAAAUGAGAACGUGGAUAACGAUUUUACGAACUUUGUGAUUCAUAUAAUUUGUAAUUUUUGUGUGGUACGGUUUUAUAUACUCGGAUGAAAUUCUCUCCGUACUGAUGAAUCCUGUCUCUGAAUGAUCACUGAGAAAAUGGAUGGAAUUGUCAUUGUUGAAAAUAAAAAAAAUUUAAACACGUCAA